AUGUCGUCCAUUCAGGUUAGCCAUCAAGCAGAAGCAAUUGAGCAGGAUGCCUCGAAGGCACCCACACCACUCAUCAAUAAUACCCAUGAGCAACGCGACGAUGAUCUAGAGAGCGCGAAACUGAGCGCCAUUGUGGUCGAUUCCAACUUGACAAGUGGUGCAGCAAGAGCCGAGGCAAUGCAGCUUGUUUGGGGAAAGCAUGGAAGACUUAUCGUGUGGGUUGGCAUUAGCAUGAUGUUGAUCGUCUAUCAGUUCGACAAUGCUUUGCUAUACAAUUAUCGAAACUAUGCUGCAUCGGCCUUCAACAACGUGGCAGGUCUUUCUACACUUGGCGUGGUUGGUGCCAUAGUGUUCGCCGUUGCUAAGCCUCCAAUUGCUAAGAUCAGUAACACGAUUGGACGAGCGGAGGCUUACAUCUUCUGCAUUAUGUGCUAUCUCCUGGGAUAUAUUCUCUGUGCUUCGUCAAGCUCAUUUGGUGUCUAUGCCGGAGGGUUUGUUUUUGCUAAUAUCGGCCAAACUGGGGUAAACAUACUAAAUGAUAUCAUCAUAUCCGACAUUACUAGCAUGAGAGCUCGAGGUUUUGGUAUAUCAAUCAGUUUCUUUCCCUUUCUCAUAACGCCGUGGAUAUCGGCCUUCAUUGUCGAGGAUGUGGUUAACCCAGGGGGCGUUGGCUGGCGGUGGGGAAUUGGUAAGACGGGCCCCUUUAAUCCAGCUCACUCGCUAAAGAACACAGGCAUGUUCGCUCUCAUAAUGCCAGUAGCUGCAUCGGCCUUGAUUCUGCCACUCAUGUACUAUCAACGAAAGGCGAAGAAACAAAGCCUCAUCCUGACCCAAAAGCUCAACGUCCAUGAGUUCUGCUCGCAGAUCGACCUAGGGGGCUCAUUUCUGCUAGCUGCUGGGUUUGCCAUGUUUCUCCUACCCUUCACUAUAGCUGGAUCAUCCACUGAGAAAUGGAAACAAGGUUAUAUUAUAGCGCUAAUUGUGGUCGGCUUCGUGACAUUGAUCGGAUUGGUUUUCUAUGAAGCUUUGAUCGCCAUUCACCCCAUCGUACCUCCUCGGUACCUCAAAAAUCUCACCAUUGUACUCUGCUGCACCCUCGGAUUUCUUGACACCUUCGGCUUCUCAGGCACGCAUACCUACCUUUAUCCCUGGGCCACAGUGGUUCAGAAUAUGGGCCCUAGAGAUGCCACUUUCCUCAACUACACCAACGGAGUCUGGCAAUGUCUCACUGGAAUCAUUUCUGGUGUCAUUAUGUGGAGGACUAAGAGAUAUAAGUGGCUGCUGGUUGCUGGUGCGAUUAUCAAAUUAAUUGGCUAUGGGCUUAUGAUUCGCCUUCGUGGAGCUCACAACUCAUGGGCUGAGAUUUUUGUCGUUCAAUCAAUUCAGGGCAUCGGGGCCGGAUUCCUCGAGAUGAUCAUCAUUGUUGCCGCUCAAGUCGUUGUGCCCCACGUGGAGAUGCCUCAGGUAACAGCCUUGGUCCUGCUGUGUACCUUUGUAGGUGGCUCGGUAGGCGGUACAGUGGCAGGCGCAAUUUACACGGGGAGCUUCAAAGGUGCACUGCGCCUUCAUUUGGGACCUGGAGCAACGGAAGACAUCGAGGACGCAGUCUAUGCUUCGAUUACCAGCACUCUUAUUCCCGCGGUCGGUACAGUCCAACGUGAUGCGAUCAACCUCGCCUACUCGGACGUGUUGAGAGAUAUCACUUACUCUGCCGUGGCAACCUCGGCGAUUUGCGUCGUUGUGGCCCUUUUCGUGCCAAAUCUUCGCCUGAAAGAGGCUCGCAACCUCCUGACGAGCAGCGCCGAUACUCCUGAGAGCAUCGAGGAGAGUGCUGGCGCAUCGGUGGGCGAUUCAGCUCGGAACACGCAGUCCGAGGCGCACGUGGUAAAGACCUAG